GAGGUCUGUUUUUGGACAGCGCAGUUGCGGAAGUGAAUGCUACAGAACUAGGGACUGGUUAGAAGCCGAUAACGGCAAUCUUAUUUAUCUUAUUUGUAUUUAAAAUAAAUAUAUAAACACAUAGAAUACUGUGUUUGAAAUGAAUGUGUUGAUUUUUAUAGCAUUAAUUUUCGUAAGUACACAAGCGGCUCGUAAAAGUGACGACGAUGACUGGGUGCAUUUACCGAAUAAAUGUGAAGUAUGUAAGUUUUUGAGUAUUGAGAUGAAAUCCGCAUUAGAAGAAACAGGGAAAACGAAAGAAGUGAUAGAGACGAACUACCGUUUCUUGGACGAUAAAAGUGCACCACCUAUCAAAUAUGUAAAAUCUGACAUUCGAUUCAUAGAGGUAAUGGAAAGUGUAUGUUCAAGGAUCCUGCAGUACAAUUUACACAAAGAGAGAGAUGGCAGCAAUCGCUUUGCAAAGGGUAUGUCUGAGACAUUUUCGACCUUACAUAACUUAGUCCACAAAGGAGUGAAGGUUGUCAUGGACAUUCCUUAUGAGCUGUGGAAUGAGACAAGUGCCGAAGUAUCUGACCUCAAGAAACAGUGUGAUGUGAUGGUUGAGCAGUAUGAAGAUGUUAUUGAAGACUGGUAUAAAGGCAGCCAGGAGGAAGACCUAAUGACAUACCUGUGUGAGAAACAUGUUCUGAAAGGACAAGACACAUCAUGUCUAAAAGAAAUUUGGGCUGAGAAGAAAGGAGACCCUGCAGCCAUUGCACAAGACAAAAAGAAAAAGAAAAGCAAAAAGAAGGCAAAAGGUGGUGAGCAUAACCAGAACAGGGAGAAAAAGGUAAAGAAAAAGAAAAGUAAGAUGCAUGAUGCACACAGUGAGGAGCAGAAAAUGGAAGAGAGGGGACAUACAUCAGAUGAGGAGAUACAAAGGAGUGCCCCUCUUCAUCAGGAGAGAACUGAACUCUGAAUUGUGACCCUAAUUUCAUUCAUAUCUUGUUUUUGUCCUAGAUCAUCACAUCUGAUGAACAUUUAUGUGUGGUUUGCCAUAAAUUGUUAAAACCUCUGAAGCGUGGUAACCACCCCCCCCCCCCCCCCCCCCUUUUUUUUUUUUUUUUUUUUUUUUUUUUUUUUUAUAAAGUGUGCAUCUUUUCUGCUCAGUUAAGGUAAAGUACAAUUCUAGGUCAGGUGGAAUUCUUUUCCCCAUCAGGAUGCCAUGAUGAGCAUGGAGAGACUAUUUAACAUGUUGAUUUGGCCUCAUUAAUUACGGAAGAGUUAAUAUUACUUUUAUAAAAUUUAUUGUUGCAUGAGCCAUAAAUUGUGAAUUGGGUUUUUUUUUCUUUACAAUCUUUAUACCUUUGUGGAAACCUUUACAUUUCAAAUGUUUAGUUUAGUAGAGAUGCAUAGUUUAGUCAUAGUUUAAUCCUUAUUCUUUUGCUGUGGACUAAAAACCUUUGAAUAAUGCAGUCACAGUUUCAGGUCAGUUCAUUUCUGUAUUAGUUUGUCAGUGUUAUUUUGGAUGACUUCUAAAUGCAUUUUUUUUUUUUUUUUUGUGCUUUGGCUAUGAAAUGCUGCUACUCCUAAAGGAAAAAAAAUGUGUUGUAUUUUAGGAGGAAAAAACUUACAAAUGUUGCAUUUUUGUAGGUGGUUAUUCUACUACAUCUGGUAUGACAGCUUGUGUUUUUGAUAUGCAAUAAACAGUGAUAAUUGAUCAAUAGAAUAAAA